AUGACACAGGGCAACAACAGAAUAGCUGAGAGGGGUCCAGGAAGAAUAAAUGAUGUCAUUUGCCAAAAAACUUGCUGUCAGCCUAGCUGCUGCAGGACCACCUGCUGCAAGACCACCUCUUGCUGUGAAUCCAGCAGCUGCCCUGAGUCCAUCUGCUGCCAGCCUUGCUGUCCCCCAAGUUGCUGCAGCAUACCCUGCUGCCAAUCCAGCUGCUGCCCACCAACCUGCUCUGAAAGCACAUGCUGCAAGACCACCUGUUGCAAGCCAACCUGUGUGAGCAUCUGCUGCAGCACACCCUGCUGCCCGCCCUGCUGCUGUGAGCCCAGCUGCUGCCAGCCCAGCUCCAUAAAGAUCAGCUGUCAACCAACUUGCUGUGAAACCAGUUGCUGCAGGAAUACCUGUUGCAAAACUAAUUGUGUGACCAUUGGUUGCAGCCCACCCUGCUGCCAGCCCUGCUGCUGUGUGCCCACCUGCUGCCAGCCCUGCUGCUGUGUGCCCACCUGCUGCCAGCCCUGCUGCUGUGUGCCCACCUGCUGCCAGCCUUGCUGCUAUGUGUCCACCUGCUGCUGUGUGCCCACCAGCUGCCAGCCCUGCUGCUGUGUGCCCACCUGCUGCCAGCCCUGCUUCUUACAGCUCUGCUGCCAACCAACUUGCUGUGAAACCACCUGCCACAAGACCACUUCUUUUAAACCAACCUGUGUGAGCAUCAGCUGCAGCACACCCUGCUGCCAGCCCUGCUGCUGCUGA